UGUGGCAGGUGAUGCUGGCUAGGAUGAAGGACACAAGAAACUACUUCGCAAUCAAAUGCCUUCGCAAGGACAAGAUUGUAGACGAUGAAGACGUCGAGGAUACCCUGAUCGAGAGGAAGAUUCUGACCCUUGGAACCAAUCACCCAUACCUGUGUCAUUUAUUCUGCACUUUCCAGACACCGUCGAACCUGUUCUUCGUGCUGGAGUUUCUGAAUGGGGGAGACCUGAACUUCCACCUGGCCCAGAUGGGUCGGUUCAGCACGGAGCUGGUGCGGUUCUACGCCAGCGAGCUGGUCUGCGGACUGCGCUUCCUGCACAAGCGGGGCAUCAUUUACAGAGACCUGAAGCUUGACAACGUGCUGCUCGAUCACGAGGGCCACGUCCGGAUAGCCGACUUCGGAAUGUGUAAGAUGCAGAUCUUCCUGGACAGGACGGCCGACGCCUUUUGCGGCACUGUGGACUACAUGGCACCCGAGGUAGUGACCGGUAAGAACUACAACCAGUCAGUCGACUGGUGGUCCUUCGGAAUCAUGCUCUACGAAAUGCUGGUCGGGCUGACCCCUUUCAUCGGCCUGGAUGAGGACGAGCUGUUCUGGGCUAUUCGUACCGAGCAGCCGUACACCCCCCGCUUCCUGGACGACGACGCCACGGAAAUCAUCAAAUGGUACGCGCGUAAGCGGCUGCAGUACGCGCGUGGGCGGCUGCAGUACGCGCGUAAGCCGCUACAGUACGCGCGAAGGCGGCUGCAGUACGCGCGUAAGCCGUUGCAGUACGCGCGUAGGCGGCUACAGUACGCGCGAAGGCGGCUGCAGUACGCGCGUAGGCGGCUGCAGUACGCGCGUAAGCCGCUGCAGUACGCGCUGGCGUCCCUGCUGGUGAAGGACCCGACGCUGCGGCUUGGCUCCGCCGAGUGUCCGGCCGGCGGCGUCUGCAGUCAGCUGUUCUUCAGGCGCGUCGAUUGGAUAGCCGUGGAGCGGAAGCAGCUCGAUCCGCCCUUCAAGCCUGUCCUGGCGACCAUGGCCGACUGCCGCUACUUCGAGGACCACUACACGACGCUGCCGGCCCGGCUGACGGCCAUCAAGGAUGACGUGCUGCGGGAGAUUCAGCAGGAGCGCUUCACCGGCUUCGACUACACCAACCCCAACAUCACCGACUAG